CUACCUGCCAGAGUUUGGCUGACGGAUUAGCGGUUUGGAGCCCCCUCCCUCACGCGCGAAACUGGAGCGUGCAUGCUGCGACAGUAAUCCGACUGCGGGGUUACGUUGUCGCUCGCGUCGGACCUCGAAGCAGUUCCCAACCCCUCGACUUCUGGAACCUGUCUGCAUCAAGAUUCCACACAAAAUGCCAUCGCCUCUGCACAUCAACCCCGAAGCCAGGAGGUGGCGAUAUGGCGGCGAUAGCGAAGCAGCCUCAACUCUGGAACAGCGCAGGCAGGCCGUGCUGAAGUUUCACGGGCAUCUCCCCGAGUACCGCGAGACUCCGCUGCGCAGCCUCCCAUCGAUAGCCAACGAGCUCGGGCUCGGCCACGUGCUCCUCAAAGACGAGUCGAGCCGCUUUGGGCUGCCGUCGUUCAAGAUCCUCGGCGCCUCAUGGGCCGUUUAUUGCGCCGUCCGCGAGCGGGUCGACCAGCUUGAGGGCCUCGCCCAGGCAAUAACUGCCGACGAGGACCCGCUGCUGGCGUUGUCUGUCCUGGCCGGCCGGGUGGAGAGAGCGAGGCAGAAGCUCGGGGACGUGAAGCUCAUUACCUGCACCGAGGGCAACUGGGGCCGCGCCGUGGCGCGGAUGGUGGGAUAUCUCAAGCUGCCGGCCGUGGUCUAUGUCGCCGCGUACAUGAACGAGACAACGCGCGAGCUUAUCAGGAGGGAAGGGGCACUCGUCAUACCCGUGGAAGGCGGCUAUGACGGCGCUGCUGCGGCGGCAAAGCAGGCGGCCGACGAGGACGACAACUCGUUGCUGGUGAUGGACAUUGGCUGGGAAGGAUACGAGAAGGUGCCGCAGCGGGUGGUUGAGGGGUAUCAAACCAUGCUCGACGAGUCGCAGAAGCAAGUGGAAGAGCUCACAGGCGGCAAGCAGGCCACGCAUGCCAUCGUGCCAGCUGGAUGUGGCUCUGUCGCCCAGGCAGUGACGCAGCACUUCAAGAGCCUUGCAAGCGACAAGCACCCCGCAGCGAGAGUGAUCGUAGUGGAACUGGACACGGCGGCAUGCCUUAAGCUAUCGCUCGAGAGAGGAGAGAUGACAACCGUGGCGACCGGAGACAGCAUAAUGUGCGGCAUGAACUGCGGGACGCUGUCAACAACGGCAUGGCCUGUGUUGAGGGCCGGCGUGGAUGCAAGCGUGGUUGUGAACGAUGCCGACUCGCACGCGGCCGUUGAGCAGCUCCGGGAACAGGGCACUCGGGCUGGCCCGUGCGGAGCUGCCAGUCUGGCCGCUCUGACGCGGGCUUGUGAGCUGGAAAUGGAUGCCCUUGGGCUCGACGGCGAGUCGGUUGUCGUCUUGUUCUGCACAGAGGGCGCCAGGGAAUACAGGGUGCCCGUCUAAGGCCAUGUACGUAGAGUGGACUCACAGGAAAUACGGGUUCUAUGUUGACAGACCAGAGACCCCCUAUUCGGAAGAGGGAGUCUGUUUGGACAGUAGACUACUUUGUUGACUGGUGGAGUCAAUCCGACGAGACGGAAAAAUCUGCAGGGCUUGAGGUGGAGGCUUGUUCGUUUUAAAUGCGGGUUGCAUUCAGCAUUCAGGGUCUUUAAACACGCCAUCCGUACUUAAUUCGGUUAAUUCGUGUGGUAGGUACCUAUUCAGGGCACGUUCGACAGGGCACUCUAGCUGUAACUAUAACCGUAAAACGCUCAAGCCAUUCAUAUGGUAAUCACAUGAAGGCCAGACCUGCGCGUGUAUGGUGUAACGGAGCUAAGGGCUCGGAGAUCCUGG